GCUCUGCAUGUAUUUUACCCAUGAUUCCGUGAUAAAUUCUUCAACACAAAAUGGCGUUCCAAGGGGAUCUGUCGGAUGAGGAAAUGGACCGUGCGGCUAAGAUUCAUCAAAAUCAGCCAUAUGAUGAGUCCCUUGAUGUUCCGGAUGCCGAGGAGAUUGCAAGCACAUACUCCCCAACCCCAAGGGUCCCAAACCCUGCAGCUCGAUCUAAACAAGCUCUGGGUCUUUCUGCUCCCAAAUCUAAUAUACAGAAGUCAGACAGGGGACACAGUCGAGGAGAUUCUCCUCCUACCUCUAACUUGUCGGAGGAAGAUGAUGACGAGGAGGAGGAUGAUUUUAUUGAGCCCGGCAGCCAUCCAGGUGGUCACCUUACCAGUGGGCCUCCCAAAAGAGAACCCAAGCCGCUACAUGGUCGGGGUCCUCCUCCCCCACAGUUCGGGGGAGCAAGUGGUCCACAGCAGAAGCAGUUCAACUCUGAGGAGGACGAGGAUGAGGAUGAUGAUGAUGAAGAAGGAUCAUCAGGGGAGGACGAUGAGGAUGAAGUCCACCCUCCAGUUGAGGGAGCGUAUGACCCCAAUGACUACGAGAGCCUGGUGGUGAACCCAGAGAUCAAGGAGCUGUUCCAUCACAUUACGUGCUACACUCCCCAGUCUAUCGAGUUGGACCACAAACUGAGGCCCUUCAUCCCAGACUUCAUCCCUGCAGUGGGAGACAUUGAUGCAUUUAUCAAGAUCGCCCGGCCUGAUGGGAAGCCAGACACACUGGGUCUGACCGUGUUAGAUGAGCCUUGUGCCAAACAGUCGGACCCCACCGUGCUGGAUCUGCAGCUCAGGGCCAUCUCGAAACAGACCACAGCCAAACAGUUGGUUGUGAAGAGUCUGGAGAAUGCUGACCGCAACCCCAAACACAUAGAGAACUGGGUGGAGAGUAUACGAGAACUACAUCGCUCCAAGCCACCUCCAAAUGUCCACUACUCCAAGAACAUGCCUGACAUUGACACACUGAUGCAGGAGUGGCCGCCAGAGUUUGAGGAGCUGCUGAAGGAGGUUGGUCUCCCGACAGCAGAGCUGGACUGUGACCUUGGUCAGUACGUGGAGAUUGUGUGCUCCAUGUUGGAUAUCCCCAUCUACCGUAACAGCACGCACCAGAACGAGAAGAUACAGGCUCUCCAUGUGCUGUUUACACUGUACUCGGAGUUCAAGAACUCACAGCAUUUCCGCACCCUGGCUGAGGAGAAUCGCUUGGAUAAUUCCUUCAAGCCUGACGACAACCCAGAUGACCAAGAGAGACUGAUUCUAUAGCAUCUACACACCAGGCUACGGAGGAGGGUGGGACCUACAGAAGUCCUGUUGGGCUCAUGUAUCUUGGGAGGCAAUUCUGGAACAUGUCAUCACUUUCACUGAAGUUUACACAUUUUGAUUUAUUUUAUUCAAAUGGCUUAUCACCAUGAUGUUAAUGGUGAUGAACCACAGAUGUGACACAGUACAUGCAUUCAUUGUGAAGAGCAGGCCAUGAAAUGUUAACCAAAUGUUUCUCAUCAUUCCACCUGUUACAUAACACAUCACAUUGAAUGAUAAUGAAAGGGAAGUGCUUGAUGUUUGUCGACUAUGAAAUCUGGUUUCAGUAUAAGGAUUAUGAAAGUAAAGAAGCCAUUAUUGCUGACAAUUAUAAAGGGUUCCUGUCUACUGAGGUUUAACAUUUAUAGCCAGGUUUCCUGAUGACAAACAUUUGCUUACUUCAUUGUGUAAUCAGAAAAUACUUCUGUGCCUUCUAUGUGUAUGAGUGAAGACAUUACUGAACUGGCUUGUCUUCACUGAUGGGACAGCUUACAACGCUGUUCUCAUGUCAAUCACGCACCAAACACACUGACAUAACAGAAAAAAUUUCCAUGGUUCAUCUAUACUACUGAUAAGAAGUUCAGGAUCAUGUGAUGGUAUUUUUAUAGUUGAUUGCUCAUGUCAUGACAGAUUAACUAUAAUAGAUGAAAGAAUUGGAUGUCCGUAACUUGUUUUGAGUAGAACAUGUCAAGAAAACAGGAGAAAUAUAAGUAGCCAGUUCUAUUCAAAACAACUGGGGUUUACUUAUAAUCAUCUUUAUUGGGGUACAUUUGGACAAUAAGAUCUGAUUGUGUUCCUAUUGUAUAUUUGUGUACUAUAUGAAUACUACGUGUUGUGAUUUGUUAAGAAUAUUACCAACAUCUGCAUACUGUUUUACUAGGGCCAGAAUAUAGUGACUGUGAUGCUAAUAUGUGACUGACUGAAAGAACUCUUUCAGUUGUAAUAUAUCCUUGUAGUGAGUUGGUACUUGAUUACUGAGAAUAAUGACAGUAACCAUGGCAACACAACUACUGCUGUGUACAGAUACCUGUGUAUUCAGGUAAGGUCGUCACCUGUGUAUGACUUACGUGGGACUCUACAUUCCCAAGGUCACACAUCUCCAUUGUGUCUCUACAAAGCCAUUGUGACAGACAUGUGUUAUUCACUAUCAGCCCAGAUCAUGUAUUUUCAUCAUGCUGCUGUGUGCAUGUACAACAGAGUAGUCAGUGUUACAAAGUGAGGGGGAGUUUUGUCCUUGAUGAUUGGCUAAAACUAUUGUAAUCUAAGCCAAUAGGUGUGUUAUAUUGAGAUAAUUGUAGGUAAAUGUAUCCAUCUUUCCAAACACAAAUUAAUGUGGAAUUUGAUCUAGAAAACGGGGCAGUGAGGUAGCCUUGUGGUUAAAACGUCCGAUUCCCCACAUGGGUACAAUGUGUGAAGCCCAUUGCUGGUGUUCACUGCCGUGAUGUUGCUGGAAUAUUACUAAAAGUGUAAAACUAAACUCACUAACUGAUCUGGAAACAUCGGCUAGAUCUAUGCUGUUGUUAUGACAUGUAAAAUACAUUGGUUAAGAAGAUGAAGGAAUUAUAUAUAGUACUCAAAAGAACUUAAGGACUACCAGAUUAUAUUUUAUUACUUGAGUUGAUAAUCUGUCCCACCUUGACAGAAAUUGUUGUAUGGAAAGCCUCCAUGUUGAAUCUCAUUCCGUCCAUAUUGUCAUCUUGUGACAUGUUCUGCAAAAACUGGUUAAGUGCACUUAGUGUCCAGGGUGUCCUGAUAAUGUGGCUACAGGGUGACCCCUUGCAAAACUCUCACCUGUUGGUGAUGGUUGUUAGGAGACAGAGAUGUGUUAACUGAGCAGCUAGUGACAUGAGUCUAGAGAUAAAAUGGUCCCAUGUUGGGUGGGGCUACCGACCCAUGACAGCUGUUUUACUUGUACAAAUGGAAAUAUGUGAAUAAAUGUAUUUAUGGU